UCAGAACACUGAAACUCAGCUCCACACAGAGUAGCCUGCAGCUUCAGCCACAAAAACUCGGGUUCCUUCCAACUUUACUGUCAGCUGUGUGCGUACACACGCUUGUGUGUCUGUGUGUGUGUUUUUUUUUUGUUUGUUUGUUUUUUUGCGCACGCCACAUUGGCCGACUGUGAGUCAUAAAGCUGCGGUCGGAACUUGCGAUAUGAUAAUUAGCGAAAUGGGAGGAAAGUCGUCGCUACUAGCUUAGUGAAGUUGGAGCUUUUUUUUUUUUUUUUUCCCCUCCUUGUGGAAGAGGAAGAGGUGGCGGACACCACGAGUUCACUUACAAAAAAGAAAAAAAAAAAAAGAAGAAAAGAGUGAGCGGAGCCUUCCAACAUACCUCUUCCCUUUUGUUGGACUAAGAUGAGUAUUACCAGCGACGAAGUGAACUUCUUGGUCUACAGAUAUCUUCAGGAAUCGGGUUUCUCCCACUCAGCAUUCACCUUUGGCAUUGAAAGCCACAUCAGCCAGUCCAACAUCAAUGGAACGCUAGUGCCCCCUGCAGCCCUCAUCUCCAUCUUGCAGAAAGGCCUUCAGUAUGUGGAGGCAGAAAUCAGCAUCAAUGAGGACGGCACAGUUUUCGAUGGUCGGCCUAUUGAGUCACUGUCGCUCAUCGACGCAGUGAUGCCAGAUGUAGUGCAGAUGCGGCAGCAGGCCUUCCGCGAUAAGUUAGCCCAGCAGCAGGCUGCCUGCACCGUGGCACCUUCAGCGUCUGGAAACCAGGCCAGUGCACCAAAGAAUGGCGAGGCCACCGUCAACGGGGAGGAGAAUGGCACUCACAACAUGAAUAACCACAGUGAGCCCAUGGAGAUGGACGUGGACGUGGAGAUACCCGCCAGUAAAGCCACAGUUCUCCGAGGCCACGAGUCUGAAGUGUUCAUCUGUGCCUGGAACCCCGUCAGCGACCUGCUGGCCUCAGGUUCUGGAGACUCCACCGCCAGGAUCUGGAACCUAAAUGAGAACAACAACUCCAACUCCACCCAGCUGGUUUUGCGCCACUGCAUCAGAGAAGGUGGUCAGGACGUCCCCAGCAACAAAGACGUUACCUCAUUAGACUGGAAUAGCGACGGGACUCUGCUGGCGACGGGGUCGUAUGAUGGAUUUGCCCGGAUAUGGACAAAGGAUGGAAAUCUGGCGAGCACCUUGGGGCAGCACAAAGGGCCCAUAUUUGCACUGAAGUGGAACAAGAAGGGGAACUCUAUCCUCAGUGCUGGUGUAGAUAAGACGACAAUCAUUUGGGACGCACAGACGGGUGAGGCCAAGCAGCAGUUCCCCUUCCACUCAGCACCGGCCCUGGAUGUGGACUGGCAGAACAACACCACCUUUGCCUCCUGCAGCACAGACAUGUGUAUCCACGUCUGCCGCCUCGGCAGCGAUCGGCCUCUCAAGACCUUCCAGGGGCACACGAAUGAAGUCAAUGCCAUUAAGUGGGAUCCGUCAGGGAUGCUGCUCGCCUCCUGCUCAGAUGACAUGACCUUAAAGAUUUGGAGUAUGAAACAGGAUUCAUGUGUCCAUGAUCUUCAGGCUCACAGUAAAGAAAUCUACACCAUCAAAUGGAGUCCCACAGGGCCUGGCACGAGCAACCCCAACUCCAACAUCAUGCUCGCCAGUGCUUCUUUCGACUCGACAGUGCGACUGUGGGACGUGGAGCGGGGGAUUUGUAUUCACACACUGACCAAACACCAGGAGCCCGUCUACAGCGUGGCCUUCAGCCCUGAUGGAAAACACCUGGCCAGUGGCUCCUUUGAUAAGUGUGUCCACAUUUGGAACACCACGACCGGGGCCUUGGUGCACAGCUACAGGGGGACUGGAGGUAUCUUUGAGGUGUGCUGGAACAGCACUGGAGACAAAGUUGGUGCAAGUGCAUCAGAUGGCUCGGUAUGCGUCCUUGACCUCCGAAAAUAGUCGAUUUGGGACCGAUUUGACAAAUCCCGGAAUGUGCUGGAAACUGCCUUCUCUCAUCAGCAAGCACCCUGAUUGCUGUAAGAUGGCGUGAAACAAAAAGACCUCACAGGAUUAAAACCAGGUGUCUGCGGCAGUUUCCAAGGAGCAACAGCGGCUGAACUCGGCGCACCUUAAGUGUUUGUUGACGUGUGUUUUUUUUUAAAAACGCACAUGCCCGUUUGAGGCCACGAUGGAAGUCAGUUCAGAAAUCCCCAAGACUGGACUGAAUCCAACUCCCUUUUUAAAAGGUUCCUAAUGAGGAAGUGCUGCGAUCCCUCAAGCUAUUAUUGGGGCGUAAGUGUGGAAACACCGAGAUGAAAAAAGUGUUAAUGAUACACGUGUUUGGCUGUGAAGGGCAAGAGAUUGUGAAAGACAGGUUGUGGUUUUCAAACUCCUCUGUGCAAAUGUUACUUCAUGCCAAAAUUAAAAACAGGGGACAUGAUGAAUGUAACACUGCGACGGAAGCACUGGCAAAAGUCUCCUCUGUGGAGGAUAGUUCCAAGACUACACUUCUUGUUUUGUGGGACGGACUCCGUCAAAUCAAAGACAAGUGUGCCGCUACCUGAUAGCUGUUAAAUCACACUUAACGUCUGGUCUAAAAAGUGGAAGAAAUAAUUCUCCCAACGUCCGAAAAUGAUCUGUUCAGUACGCUUAAAAAAAAAAAAAGCAAUGCUUUUUCUUCUUUUCUUUCUGACAAAAUGUGAAAGGUGUGAUUAGAGACAAAAAAAACCUUUCUCAUUUGUGGAUGUAAAUUUAAAGAAUGUAAAGUUGUAAAUUAGGUAAAUACACAGACUUAUAUACUGUGUAUUUAUGUUUAUAUACAGCACACUUUAUUGCCGUCGUGUAGAAGCUCCGUCACGAAAGCUGCCAUAUCUUUGCUCAUAAUCUGUGAGGUGUGCACGCAACAUCGGUUUCUUUUACUUUUUGUUCAACUCAUCCAGUUGUACCCAAAAUAUCAAGUUGCUUUGUUCAUAAUGGCUUUGAGUCAGAUCUGACACUUUCCUCACUUGAUUACCGUUCACGAGUCGAGCGUUUAGUGGCUCAACAAUAUAGUGAAAAAGGUGUAACGAUGCAGCUCACAAUCCUGUUUGGUAUUUGAUGCAAGAUUCAUAAUCGGAUAUUUUUUAUUAUUAUUAUUAAAACCAGCAUUAGUGGGAUUGACUUUAAUCUUUUGGACUUCAAAUGGAAGGUUGUUCUUCCAACAAUAAAUCAUUCAUGUAAUGUUCUAGAUCCUCCAUUUUACAGACUGUACUGUGCGGGAAAGUUGCAUCAAGAACUUGUCAAUUUAUUGUUAUUUUUUCUGGGAUUAUGUUAGAAGUUUAAUGUACAUUUCUUUAAAAACGUGCACAGCCAUGUUGUCUCACCGUUGGUGUCAGAGCGUUCGAUUGAAGUUGAGUUGUAUUUUUUCCCGUUUUUAAUAGGUAUCAUGUCGAAAUUUUCAGUAUCAUGAUGCAUGUAAAAACAUUUUUCUAUUAUUGAAUAUGGUGGGACGACGUGUCCUUCAACCCCCCUAACAAGUCUGCCUACUGCUUGGCUUGCUGCUUUUAAUUUUCUUCUUUUGUGCAAACUACAUCAUAAUAACCUCAUGGGUUAAAGUCACGCAGAGCUGUGUCACAGACUACUGUCUUAACAUUCGUGGGGUUUCUCUUUGGCAUGUCGGGCCGUCGCGUGAAGCGGAUCCAAGUCUAUGACUGCCCCUGGAUGGGACGUUGGUCCAUCGCAGGUCACUUCCCCAGCCAGAAGCGGUACCGAUUUCCAGUUGGGUGGACUGAGACAAUGCAGAUAAAGUUUGACGUAGGGGACAGGUCAUGUGACCAGAUGUUGAACCCAGGUCUACAUUUGAGUAGCCCACCUCCCUGCUACCUGCACAUUUGUCAGUCUACUGAAAAUACCGUGCACGUUUUGGUCAGACGAUGAACAUUUCAGCUGCAAACACUGUAACUGGUCAGAUUUGAACUAUAUGGUGAGGUGAGUUUUAACGGUAUGCUCUACACAUCACUCUCUGCUCUACUUGUCUCCAAUGUUUGUUUUUUUUUCCUGGUUCCUUUCUAACUCUGCGUGAUGUAACGUGCGCGUUUGUCAGGAUUAGUUCAGCAGGUCAGAUUUUGCUGCAAGUGAACGGUCAAGAUUUUAUCUCCCCCCCUUCUCGUGAUAUGUGAACAUCUUAAUUGGAUGCUGAUGUUGGUUCACUGUUUUAGGACUUUUAUUUUCCCUUUGCUGAGAGCCAUUAUUGUCUGUGUCAGACUGAGAAAUGGAUUGUGGAGUGGCGGCCAUCUUGGCGUGCUGAGGUUCCCAGUAUGGAGUAAAUGCUGUGACGGCGACCAUCGCUCGCACCCUGAUCCAGGGUGUGGUCACCCGUUUCCAAGAGGAAAACAAAGUCAUUCAGUAUUUCAAAUAAAUUGCUCUAUUUUGAUAUUGGAAA